CUAUAAAUAGGUUGCUCCAUUGGUUGAGUCCAAUUCACACAGAACAGCCCGUCUGAACUGCAAGAGCCUUUCUGUAGGAGGCAGAGAGUGAGAGUGACAAAUAUGGGUUCCCUUGCAUUCUUUGCCUUUGCUCUUUUAGGCCUUCUUGGCGCUUCCCAUGCUGAACUUCAACUUGGGUUCUACGAUCAUGUCUGCCCACAAGCUGAGAGCAUCAUUCAGGGGUUCGUGAAGGAACACAUCCCCAAUGCGCCACCUUUGGCAGCUGCAUUGCUUAGACUGCACUUCCAUGACUGCUUUGUGAGGGGCUGUGAUGCAUCUCUGUUGCUGAACUCCACCAAGAACAGCACAGCCGAGAAGAAUGCGGCACCAAACAUGAGCCUGCGAGGAUUUAGUUUCAUUGAUGCCAUCAAGAGCAAGGUGGAAGAAGCAUGUCCGGGAGUGGUCUCAUGCGCAGACAUUGUUGCAUUGGUGGCAAGAGAUGCAGUUGCUGUCAUAGGAGGGCCAUACUGGAAAGUUCCCACAGGCCGCAGAGAUGGAACUGUUUCAUUGGCAUCUGAAGCAUUAGCCAACAUCCCUGCUCCAACACUCAACUUCACCGGUCUAAAGGCCAAUUUUGCGAACAAGAGUCUUAAUGUGAAGGACCUAGUUGUGCUGUCAGGUGCACAUACCAUUGGCAUUACCCACUGCAAUUUCGUCUCAAACAGGCUUUACAACUUCACCGGAAAACGUGAUCAAGACCCAGCUCUCGACAAAUUCUACGCCGCCAACCUCAAGGCCUACAAGUGCAAGACACCUGCAGAUAACUCCACAAUUCUGGAAAUGGAUCCCGGGAGCUUCAGAACCUUUGACACUCAUUACUACACCAAUGUGGUCAAGAGAAGGGGUCUGUUCACGUCCGACUCCUCCCUGCUUACAGAUAGCACCUCCAAGUCGUACAUUGAUGGAAUACUCAGUGGUUCCAUAGAUUUCUUCAAGGAAUUUGCUUUGUCCAUGGAGAAGAUGGGUCAGAUCGAAGUAAAGACUGGAACUGAAGGCGAGAUCAGGAAGGUCUGCAGCCUCGUCAACUACUAAAAACACCAGGAUCAUGUUCCAGACGUCAGUGCGAAGUCAUCUGAUUUUUUUUAUUUAAUUGAAUUUUGUACCUUGUGAAAUCACUUGAAUUGUUUUGUUCUUUUCCUUUUUUGGGGUUUGUUUUGAAGUGUGUGAAAUAACGUUCGGUCCGCGAAGUAAGUUCACUUCAACUAGAAUAAAAUCUUUUCCAUCUGAUUGUCUGAA